UCUUGUCUUAAAUUUGUCUAGAUACGGAUGCAUCUAAUACUAAAACAUGACUUGAUACAUCCGUAUUUAGACAAAUUUAAAACAAGAAUUUUGGGAUGGAGGAGUAUAUAAUAGGACGCGUUGCCGUAGAUAAUCACUCGAUUAAGAUUUAAAGCCCACAAUUUAGUUCUGUAGCUUUACCAGGAGCCCAAAAUACAGCCCAUUAGCCCAUCGUGGAAGGCUUCUAGCGUCCUGAUUGGCCUUUUAAUCUAUCCGCCUAGGCGUCGCUUUUCAUCGAUCGAUUGAUCUGGGGCAACAAGGGCACCUGCUGCCGCUCCAUCUUUCGCAAAGCACGCCGCCGGUUAUCAGCUGAGGCGCUGCGGUCGACUGCGUCAAUGGCUUGCCGCUUGAUCCUGCUGCAGUAUCUCUCCAAGGAUUCUAUAGAUCACCAACUCACUUCCGUUGAAGCUAGCAGUCAGAUCAAAAGGUACCCAGAUGUGCUUAUCCUAUCGCUAAUGGUGAAGUACCUUAUUUUGUCCAAUUAACAUGUUUGUCUGGUUAAUUAGCAACUUUACAUGUCAGUCUGGUUAGUUAGUGACCUGUAUAUAGGUCAAUUUUUUCCAAGUUAGAUGUAGCUUUAAAAAAAAUUGGGCAUAAGGGUGAGAAAAAAGACAAUGGCAAUACAUAUAGUAUCAACUCGUUUGUUGAGCUUCAUAGCUGUGAAGCUCAAUUUAACUAGUAAGUACCCCAUCCGUAUCAACAUAUAAGACGUUGUAGUGUCCACAAAGUCUGAUGUUUUGAUACAGAAGAAGUAUCUAACUAUAGUAUGGUGUGAAACAGUAUCCAAAGCGGGCUAUGCCUAACAUGAAACAAAGAGAAUGGUAGAUGUUUCGUGCCUGUGUUGUGAGACGCCUCUUUGUAAAAUUACUAUGAUUUUUACCUUACUACAUAGACACGCAAAUAUCAUAUGUGUUCUUGAAAAUGACCAUAGCUUUGUUCGCCCCCCUCAUGUCCAAAUUCUGGCUCCGCCCCUGGGCACAGCAAGGCCAUCUGUGAAGCUGCUUUUGUAUGUAUAGCAGGUAUAUCAUUGUCUUUGCCCUACAUUUUCUCCAAUAAGAAUAUAAGAUAACCUCUUUCAUUGAUCUAUCAUAAGCUAGGAAUAUGUCAAUGCUGAAACUCGCCAUUCUUGCUGGAUAAGUGGCAUCUUCAUUAGUAGUACAUUGAAUUUGUCAAAUACAUGACACCGACGUGCUCCCGGUGGGUUCUGCGCCAUGGCCAAUGUUGAUUUCUCGUGGAAUUCCUUGUAUGUAGAAACAAAGGCCACUAGUAGUCAAAUAAAUGACAAAGAACGAACCAACUAAUCUUGUUUAUUGUUAAUUGAUCACGUGACACUUGCUAAUUAGCAAGUGCUACCUACUCCAUACGACUUCCAGCAUCUGGCCGGGUUCCACUAAGUAUGCUACAAAUCCAUUUUUUACUUUAUAUUAAUAUAAGUUGCCAAUACUAAUCCUAGCUUAGUCUGCGGGUUUUCAGUCCACAACGGCACGCAUGCAGUAAAAUUCGUCCAUGUUUCCUCACCAUGUUUGACCACACACCCCGUCAUUCUUUUUCUCUGCUUUGUCGGCCUACAAAACCCCGCCGAAUCUCGUGACAAAUGUCUGUAUCCGACUAAUACCCAAUCACACACGUACUACUUACUAUCAAUCAUCGACAUAGCUAAUGGCGUCUUCUCGUAAGCUCGCGGGUCUAGCUCUAGUACUGCUGCUCUGCAUCGCGGCGAAGGCCAUGGCGGAGGCGGCUGGCGUCGAGUCCUACAGCUUCCCCGUCUUCAACGCCACCACGACGGCCAGCCUGGUUGCUGCCACGAACACGAUCGUGGCCGGGCCGGCGGCGCUGCUCUUCCAGCCCGAGGCCGACUCCACCGCGGCCCGCAUCAACGUGUCCGAGGGCUUCCUGCUCCUCCCCGACACGGUCGACGUCUGGCGCGCGGGCGCCGGCGGUGGGCUGCUGCCUGCGCGCGAGGCGUCCUUCAACACGAGCUUCACGGUGGAGAGCUCCGCCACCCCCGUCUCCUUCGUGCUUCUCCUCGACAGGUACCCGCUGUUCAACAGCCGGACGGGCCUCCGCGGCGACAACGGCUCCGCCGCCGUGCCCGACGCCAACGCAACGGCCAGCGGCCUCACCGUGGUCGAGGUCGGCACGGUGCGGUCAUACGAGCCGGAGUCCCAGGACGUUGGCCUCAACGUCACCGUCACGCCCAAGGGCAACCGCGCCGUGGCCGUGUGGGUCGAGUACGACGCCGCCGCGCACGUCCUGCGCGUGUACGUCGCCGCCGGCGGGGAGCCGAGGCCGUCCGGAGCCCUCAUCGACGCGCGGCUCUCCCUUGCCGGCCGGCGCACCACACAGACCGCGAUGGUUGGGUUCUUCGCCGCCACAGUGCGCGAUGUCUUCCUCGGCGUCCGUGACUGGGACCUGACGGUGGACAGGUUAGACGACGCCGGCGGCAAGAAGAGAACGUCAUGGUGGGUGAUACUCAUCGCGGUGCUCGGGUCCGUGGCAGCCACAGCCGCCAUUGUCACUCUGGUGGUGCGCUACUUCGUGUCGAGGCGCCGGACGGGCAGCAUGGAACCCAAGCAAUAGUUUAGUUUAUGAGUUUAUACCAUGUGCUAUUGCAGCCGUCUACUAUUUCCAAAUCGCUAUGUUUUUAGUUGAAAUAAAUACACUCAUGGUCACCGAAGUUGAGGACAAA